AACUACCCAACCAACUACCCACAUCAACAUACUAUCCGACACAUUUUCAAACUCUAUGAAUGACAAUGUCUACUGGUGCGAAUACAGAUAGCACGCCAUCAGCAAAUACGAGCCUUCCCUUUGACUCGAUCAACCCAACCGGCAAACCAACCAUCCUCCUCAUACACGGUUCCUUCUCCACCGGCCAUGACUGGGAUCCAGUGAUCUUUCACCUCCGGAAAACCACCACCUAUCACAUCCUAGCCCCUGACCUCCCCGCUCACGGUCGCGCCUCAGCCCUCCCCUUCACCGUUGCGUCCGCAUCCAGCCAUCUCGCCACCCUCAUCACCAACGAAGCACAUGACGGUAAAGCCCACAUCGUCGGCCUCAGCAUGGGCGCCUACGUUGCCGCACAUCUAGCCUCUCACUAUCCCGAUUGCUGUCCAACCGUCUUCGCGACCGGCUUCAACAUCCGAGAUCCAUCACCCUCAUUCCUCGCCCCAAUCGCACCGUCGGUGUUCUGGGGCAUGCAGUCCGCGACUGACCUCCUCCCACGCUCGGUCGUCGAAUGGGCAAUCGACGCCGAUUUGCCCGUCUCCCAAAAGGGAGUCGUCACGAAAGCGUUGUGUGCGGAGAUUUUGAAGAUGCUGGAGCCGGCGAGCGUGAAGGAGAAUGUGGGCGUGGUGAGGGCGAGGAUGCUGGUGGUUGCGGCGAUGAAGAGUGGGAUUGUGCCAAGUGGGGAUCGGGUGGAGGAUGCGAGGGGGGUUGUGGAGUUGGCUAGAGAGGGAGCGGGGACUGGAGAGAUUAGGGUGGUGAAGCAUGCGGGGAUGAGGCAUGCGUGGAAUAGGCAGGACCCGGACCUCUUCGCGAGGGCGGUGGUGGCCUGGGUGGAGAGAGCGGAGGUGGUCGAGGGGUUUGAGGAUGUUUGAGAGCGUCAGACGUGUGAAUGUCGGGGCGUUCUGUCUACCGUCAGACGCAGUGGAGCACUCAGCCGUCGCCGAGUGGCCAGAGAAGACUGGUUUGCAAUGGAGGUCCCGUCUGACUGCUUUUGGUGAUCUAUGUCUCUAUUUGCUUUCCAUACAGCGACACUAUGUAUCUCGUUUGUAGCCUCCUCUUUCACAAAUCGUCGGGUUCGGAUUGCGAUAAAAUUAUGCACACGGAUGGGUAUAUCUGUUUUGAAGUACAAAAGCCUCACCACUAACUGAAUUCAUUAUUCUUUCUAAUGUGUGGUACGAGUACUGGGGGUAGUCUUGGGUCAAGCGGCUUGUGCUUUUCAUCGUCACUAUCUGUAUUUAGCCUGUAAAUUACCUGAAAUAUAUAUCUUAAGCCUACA